CGUCAUGUGACAAUACUUUUCUUCCUCGUGUCCAUAGACAGUUAAAGAGUUCGUGUCCAACAGAAAGUUGAGUAGUUCAGAGUCCGAGAGGAAGAGAAGAAGAAGCACAACCAAACAGAGAAGAAGAUAAUAGUAUAAUUUCAGCAAUAUGGCUUUGCGGGACGAACUGUUGAAGUCUAUCUGGCACGCGUUUACUGCUCUGGACGUCGACAAAAGCGGGAAAGUGUCGAAAUCUCAGUUGAAGGUGCUGUCCCACAACUUGUGUACAGUGAUGAAGAUCCCACAUGACCCUGUGGCGCUGGAGGAGCACUUCAAAGACGACGACGAGGGUCCUGUCUCCAACCAGGGGUACAUGCCAUACCUGAACAAGUUCAUCCUGGAUAAGGUGACUGAUAACUUUGACCGUCAGGACUUCAACAAGAUGUGCUGGACGUUGUGCUUCAGGAAGAAUCUGGAUCAAAACCAGCUGCUCAUCUCCAACGACGACGCCUUUAAGAUCUGGUCCAUCUUCAACUUCCUGUCUGAGGACAGAUACCCGCUGACCAUGGUCACUGAGGAGAUUGAGUACUUUCUGCGUAAACUGACGGAGGCAAUGGGGGGCAGCUGGGUGGAGGAGCGCUUCGAAGACUACAAGAUGCAGCUGAACUCGAAGCAGAAGAGUCUGAACGCCUGGGAGCUCAUUGUCCUGGUGGGGUCGGGUCACUUCAGCAAGGGCAUGGACCGCCAGACGCUCUCCAUGGGCAUCAACGAGGUCUACCAGGAGCUCAUCAUGGACGUGCUCAAACAGGGCUACAUGAUGAAGAAAGGUCACAAGAGGAAGAACUGGACCGAGCGCUGGUUCAUGCUGAAGCCAAACUCCAUCUCUUACUACGUCAGCGAGGACCUGGCUGAAAAGAAAGGAGAUAUCUUACUGGAUGGGAACUGCAGUGUGGAGGCUCUACAAGAUAAAGACGGGAAGAAGUGUCUCUUUCUCAUCAAGUCGUUGCAAAAGAGUUUUGAAAUCAGUGCGUCGGACAAGAAGAAGAAGCUGGAGUGGAUCCAGGCCGUUCAGACCUGUGUGAGCCUGCUGCGCCAGGGCCGGCCAGCGCCGCACCGCGAGGCUCGACAGAAGCGACGGGAGCUGCGGCUGAAGCAGCAGGCCGAGCAGGAGGAGCUGGAGCUGAGGAUGAGUGAACUGCAGACGGCCAAUGAGGCUAAACAGCUUGAACUGGAGAACAUGAGGAAGGCUCUAGAGGAGGCUGCAACUAAUGCAGCAGAAGAAGAACGAAGGCGUCUUGAGACUCAAACUGAACUCCAGGACCGCUACAGGAUCGACCUGGAGAGAGAGAAAACGGUACGGCAGCAGAUGGAGGAGCAGGUGGCCCAGAAGUCCACUGAGCUGGAGCAGUACCUGCAGCGGGUUCAGGAGCUGGAGGACAUGUACCAUCAACUGGAGGACGCUCUGGAGGACGAGAGGCGCGCCAGACAGGACGAGGAGGCCGUCCGGAGGCUGCAGGCACGGUUACUGGAGGAGGAGGCCACAAAAAGGAUAGAGUUGGAAGAGUUCCACCUGCGGCAGCAGCGCGCCAUCUCGGAGACAGAAGCUGAGAAACAGGAGCUGGAGAAAGCGCGUCUGGCCAAGGAGAGUGCCCUGCAGGCUGCGAUGAAACAACUGGAGCAGCUGGAGCAAGAGAGACAGGGGGCCCUGGAGCAGUACCAGGCGGUGAUGAAGAAGCUGGAAGACGCAACCAACAAUACCAAAACCUGGAAGCACAAGGUGGCUGAACACGAGGGCAUGUUACGGCUCAUUCAGCCAGGUUCCAAGGGUCAGCAGAUGAUCACCAACUGGGGCCCAGCAGCCUUUUCUGAUGCAGAGCUCAGUCUGAGGCAGAAGAAAUGGCAGGAGAAGAAGAAUCAGACGACCCAGGCCCAGUAGAGCCCCCGUACGCCCUGAACCUUAAACACGUGAAUGUUUGUGAUACGACAUCUAGUGACGGGAAGGACUUGUCUGGUAACUGGAUUUUCAGUGGAGUCCAAAUGCGAGAUAUACCAAGACAAUGUAAGGCAUUUUAGGAUUUGGAGGCAUUAAGUAAUCAAUGACCUUUAUACUUUUUAACAAGUUUUUCGUCGCAGAAACUCAAGUCACAGUUUCACAUUAUGAGGAUUAGGUUCACUAAUUCUAACAGGGAUCCAACAAAUGUACUAAGUAAAGAAGUGAUAACACCAGAAAAAUGAUGCUGGAAUAAAAUAGGCUAGCUUUGUUGUUUAAAUGUAUUGAUUGCCAUGUGUUAUAAGGUAAAAGCUCACUUUGGGUCAUUAAAAUUGAUCUUUAGCCCUAACAACCACCACAGAUAACACAGUAAUUUGGGCUACUGAACGUUGAGCCAACAUUUACCUAGUGCUAAUUCCUAGCACAACAAUCCAGUAAAAUGUACAGGAACUAGAUGAAUUUUAAAAGACAACUCCAUCUAAUCUAGACCACCAGGGCUCCUGUAUGAUCAACGGCUACUUUUGACCAGUCGGACCUGUCUAACGUAAAUUGCUUGAGUGUGUUUGAGGUUUUGAUGUUGGACCGCACCUAUCAAGUUGUAAUAUUUUAAAAAAAAUUACUCAGUUACUGAAAUGGCAACAAACUGUUCUUUGUUGUGGCCUUUUCCCCUUUCUAACUCUUUGUGACCAUUUUACGUGAAAGUAUAAGGGAUUUUUGUAAAUAUUUUAAUAGUUUUUGUUUUCCUACUAAUGUUACACUGUAUGAAGGCAGCAUCAGUUGCACCUGGGGGUGACAUGUCUUAUGUAAAGUCAAUAUUUAACAAAGUUGUUAUAUAAAAAA